AAAAACAUCAAUGUUCAGCCGACUACGCUUUUUUCCCGUUAGAUCUGACAGGAUCUGCAUGAAUCGCUAUGGUGGACUACAUAAUGUGCCGCUAAAACGCCUGGCGGAUGCGGACAAACUAUUGCCCGAAACAGCAACCACAGUCGCGGACACAGUCACGUUACAGAUGAGGAACUAGAACUUCACUAGCAAAUUGGGCGGACAACCGGCCUGGCUGGGUGGCCAAGAGUGGGUGGGUCCUGCUUUAUGUAAACAAUUUUCCCCACUUGGGCAACAUCUGGUACAACACUCUGCUUAUCUGCGGAUCAGAUGAAUAUGGCACUGCCACCUAGAACAAGGCUCUGGCCGAACCUGACGCCGCGGGUGAUCUGCGACAAGUUCAUAUAUCGCUGGCUUGGCAUUAGUUUCGAUUACUCCACCACCCAGGAGCAAACAUAGUUGCAGCAAGGAUGUCCACAGUGGUUUCUACAUCAUCUGCCAGAUGUACGACCGUUUUUUGGCCGAUCUUUUUGUGGAGAGCACCUGUCCGCAUCCCGGCUGCGGCUAUGCAGAUGCUUGCGGGGAUCAAUGCAGCAAGCUGGUGAAUGCCACCGAACUGAUCCGUCCACGCUGUCCUCGGAUCAGUACUGUAUCGAUCUACCAAAGACCGAGCGCCUGCUCCGUGAGUGGGUGGAUAAGGCGGCUAAUGAUUGGACCCUAGGUGAAGGAGGGCCUCAAGUCGCUAUGCAUCACUCGAGACUGAAAUCGAGUAUUCCAGUGCACCACAGUAGCUUCGAAAAGAAGGCCCAAGCGAUGCAGUAGAAUUGCGAAGCCAUUGCGCUAUUCAAAAAGGGCAUUAAUCUGUUCCUCCAAAUACCCAAAAAUACACUGCUCUAGCACUGCACCAAAUGCGUUGCAAAUACGGACACCACUUUUAAAAAGUUGCAUUUAUCUGCAGUCCUCGGCCAACCGCAUGAAGAAGUUUCUUUAAUUUGUGUCUCCCAAGCCCUUACGAGAUAUCGUUGUAUGUAAAAAAGCGUGGAAGUG